AUGUCUAAGUGUCAACCAUACCUGAUUGGUCUGCAACACUUUACCCUGAUGACUGACCACAGGCCUCUGGUUCCAAUACUGAACCACUACACCCUAGACGCCAUAGAGAAACCCUGCCUCCAGCAUCUUAAGGAGAAGCUUUCACCUUACAUGUUCACAGCUGUGUGGCGGGCUGGUAAACACCUCUGCAUCCCUGAUGCGCUGUCCAGAGCCCCAGUUGACCACCCCACACCUGAGGAUGAAAACAUCUGUGCUGACGCCUUGGCCCACCUUAGAGCUCUCAUUAGCAUCAACACCGUCAGCGCUGUCACUGCAGUGGACCCUUCACGCCAAGACGCUGAUCGGACCCUACAAGAGCUUCGGAGCGCUGCGAGUGAGAACUCCACGUACUCUCAGCUCCUACAGUGCGCGACCUCCGGGUUCCCCUCGAAUCGGUACGACCUGCCCAACUCAGUGCUGCCCUACUGGAAGCUGUGGGACAGCCUCUCUGCUGACAGAGAGCUCGUCCUGUAUGGCCAGCGAGUUGUGGUUCCUGCCGUCCUCAGCCGCCACACCCUGGCUAGUCUCCAUGAUAGCCAUAGAGGUGUGAAGUCCACUAAGCGACGGGCACGACACACUGUCUUUUGGCCGGGCAUCGAUUCUGACAUCCGCAACACUGUACAAGCCUGCGAGUCAUGCCAAAUCCUCUUGCCCAGCCAGCAACAAGAACCUCUGAUGUCAGAUGACCACCCAAACAGGCCCUUUGAAUCAGUCUCCGCAGACUUCUUCUCGGUGGCAGGGAAGUCCUUCCUAGUAAUUGUGGACCGACUCUCAGGGUGGCCUGUCGUCAUUCCUUGUGGUCAUGACAUAACCACCCCCCACACUAUCCGGAUGUUCUGCCGGUUCUUCAGGGAAGUUGGUGUUCCCCUCCGCCUCCACAUAGACGGCGGACACCAGUUCACUAGCUUGGACUUCCAGAAGUUCAUGGAGCGUUGGGGAAUGUACCACAUUAUGUCGUCACCACACCACCCCCAGUCUAAUGGCCACGCUGAGGCUGCGGUCAAGUCUGUGAAGCACUUGAUCCAGAAAACUGCACCCUCUGGAGACAUCGACUGUGAAGCCUUUGAUCGGGGCCUGCUUGAACUUCGCAAUACCCCGAACUUCACAGGACGCUCCCCAGCACAGGUUUUUUAUGGCCGUCCACUGUGCUUAUGCCUGCCUGCCCACCCAGACUCCUUCUCACAGGAAUGGCAAGCACAGCAAGAGGACUGUGACCGCCGAGCCGCUGCCCGUGUAGGCCAAGUGACGGCCCUAUACAAUUCACACGCCCGACCCUUCCCAGGCUGA